GGAAUGUCAAGUCCGCCUCACUACGAAUGGGUGGACAUCACCAAGGCAUUCGCCUCCGUCUCCCGCACCCCCAUAGGACACCUUGUUAAGGACGAUAACUUUGGUUUAUUCGAGGCAAUGUCAGCAAUAGAAUUAAUGGACGCUAAAAUGGAUGCGGGAAUGUUGUGCAACAAGGAAUUAUGCCAGGUCUCCAGCGCUGAGGAGGCUAUUGAACAGGGAAUAUUACCUUUGAACCCGGGCACUGAGGACAUUAUCGGGAUAUCAGACGAGAUAUUAUCGUGUGUGUGUACCUGGUUAAACGGACACAGCAUGGCACAAACAGUGCUAACAUGCCUCUACCUACACUCUAUACCCCAGAUAGAGUCCCCUGUGUUAGUGAGCAUCUGUAACGCUGCGCUCAAGUGUUGUGAGCUUAUUUACUGUAUUAUAUCCACUGCGGGGUGCUAUGAGGAGGAGGACUUUCUUACCUGCACGUACGGAUACAACCUGUCUCCUAAUAUGUCUACUAGUAAGGUUAUUUCCUUGUUAAAGGACGGAGAGGAUGAGUUAAACAGGAAGGUAAAGAGAGGUCAGGAUAUUCUGCCAGUGGAGGACGCUAUUUUAAAGAGACUAACAUUCUGGAAGUACUUUGUUAUAGUUCUACACAAGAUCCAGAUGUUUGAGCGUAAGAACAUGGAACCUCUGAAGGGAGAUCUUAAAGUUCUCUUCCACACUGUCUCACCCAUAAAGUCAUCCUUACAAAUAGGCACUCAGGCGGUGGUCACUAACCAGAAACACCGUCAAAUGGUGGGCUUCGAGUACUUAGUGAACCAGAAACUGUUGUCCUCGACCCCUCCCAGAUAUAUAGAGAUAAUGGAGAGGGACGCUAUGUGUGAGUAUCUCAUGAGACUGUUUGCUCACAUAGAGUUGGUCACUAAGAUUAGUGAUAGUUUAACUCUCUCCAGUAUCAUCAGGUUCUUCGUCAGGUUCUCUGAACAGAACCCUUGUGUUUUAUCACGUUCUUGUCUUUUUUACGUGUUCUUGAUGGGAAACAAGGUGCUGGGAGAGGAACCGUUCACUAAGAUAAUAAAGGAGGAGAUUAAAACCUUCUCCUACCCUGUUUCCUUCUUCCCCCCGUAUAUGAGCGAUGCUAACGUCAAGUCGCUAGUAAACAACUUCCUAGACGGUACAGCACUGUGUAUACAGGACUAUCUACAAGCAAUGUGUCAUAAUAAGGGACGGCAGAGACGCAAGCUAGGUGCACUGCUACCUGAUCUUAGCGACCUGUAUAAGAAGUCAGAGAACUUCGAUAACAUGCUGCAUGCGUACCUGUCUAAUAAUGAUAACUCAGCUAAUCAUAUGAGAAGUUACAGUUGCUGGGUCCUCUUUAUAACUGUGGAGGUAAUGAUAAAGUACUUGUUGCUAGGCUGGGAUCUAGAACUCUACGGUAUUCACGAGGCUCACUACAUUUACUGCUACCUGGAGUACUUGUUUAGUUGGCUCAGACAGACUAUUAUAUGUGGUCAGGAUCAGGUCCUAGCUGGAGAAGCAUUAGAGAAGAAACUAGCUAAACGGAACAAGAACAUGAAGAGAAAGAAGAAAGAGAAAACUAAUCACAUGGUCCUACAAAUGACUAACGUCUAUCAGAUGAUGUCACAUGGGUACAUUAAGGCUUUAGAGGGGUUCGCUAUACAAGGUAAACUAGAUAGUUAUUUAGAUAAGAAAUAUGAUAACGAAGAGCUGAGAUUCAGACAGCGCUUCCUCCCCUUCAACAUCUCCAUGCCGAUCCCUCUCGAGAUCUCCAAGUACCCCUCCCUGUCCUAUAUAAUAGCCAACGCGCCGAGCGGCCAGGAGCAGGAACUAUUUCAGGAAUCUUUAGAUAACUUUACUUCAGUAAAACAAGUUCUAGACCGAAUCCCUCCUCAACAUUCAGUGGACUGCUUGUCUAAAGUAGUUAAAAUGAACUGCGUUCAAAUGGGCCUUGUUGUAAAUGGUCACUGCAAGGACUCGAAAAAGGCACCAAUUUUAGACUUUUCUAUCUGCCAAAAUGUUCCGUUUAUGAAGGUCGUUUGAUUUUUGUAUAUUUUUUGUAUAUAAAAUUGUUAGGAUGUUUGUACUUGUGAAGAA